AUGGAUGGUGUGAAAGACCUCGGGACGGUGAUGCUUUUACUGGAUGUCUCCUCCCUGUUCACGAACGUGCUGGUCACAGAAAGAGUCAAUUACUUCCGCGAAGUCAUUACCUCGUAUCAGCAGGACAUCGAAAUGCGGGUAAAUACACUCAAGGAAUUACUGUUAACAUGCACCUGGAAUGUGCAGUUCCCAUUUGACAGCAACCUACACAAGCAUUUGGCUGGAAUAGCUAUGGGCUCGCCCCUUGGCCCGCUUCCAGCAAAUAUAUGUAUCGUAAGAAUACAUGGUCCGGGCAAUAUACCCAUCUUAUUAGUAUAUUAUCGUUAA